GUGGCCUUUCGCAACACAUUCACAGAGCAGGAACACAAACAUUGCUUGCAACGCUCGCUACCGGAUAGCCGAGCUAACCUUCGACAGCUUUCAUUCCUUGACAACAACGUUACACCCGACAACCAUUAAGCGAUAUCUGGAAAUAGCUGGCUUGGCACCAUGAUCCUCUCCUCGAUCUCUACGUUAUUCCUCGCGGCCUUGGGCCUGGGUUCCCCCGCUCUGGCGGCCCCAUCGCCGCGGCAAGCUUCCGGCUGGUGGCUGGCGAACGUCCAGCACCAGGGCGCGGCCGCCUUCAACGCCGACAAGAGCUACAAGGUGUUCCGCAACGUGCGGGACUACGGCGCCAAGGGCGAUGGCACCACUGACGACACGGCCGCCAUCAACCAGGCUAUCAGCGACGGCAACCGGUGCGGCCAGGGCUGCUCCUCGCAGACCACCACCCCGGCCCUCGUCUACUUCCCUCCUGGCACCUACGUCGUCAGCAAGCCCAUCGUUCCUUACUACUACACGCAGCUGAUCGGCGACGCCAUCGCUCCCCCGACCCUGAAGGCGUCGGCCGACUUCUCAGGCAUGGCCGUCAUCGACGCCGAUCCCUACGACUCGACGGGCAACAACUGGUGGGUCAACCAGAACAACUUCUACCGCCAAGUCCGCAACUUCGUCAUCGACCUGACGGCGAUGCCCGUGGGGGUCGGUGCCGGCAUUCACUGGCAGGUGGCACAGGCGACCAGUCUCCAGAACAUCGUCUUCAACAUGCGCACAGAUGGGGGCGAUAGCAACAAGCAGCAGGGCAUCUUCAUGGACAACGGAUCGGGCGGCUUCAUGACCGACCUGACGUUCAACGGCGGAAACUACGGCGCAUUCUUUGGCAACCAACAGUUUACCACACGCAACAUGACCUUCAACAACUGCAAGACGGCCAUCUUCAUGAACUGGAACUGGGCGUGGACCCUGCAGGACGUCAAGAUCAACAACUGCGGCAUCGGCAUCGAUAUGGCCAACGGAGGCUCGCAGGGCCAGACGGUCGGUUCCGUCCUGGUGGUCGACAGCCAGUUCACCAACACGCAAAUCGGCAUCAAGACGGCGUACGACCCGAGCUCGCCCCAGACCAACGGCACCCUGAUUCUUGACAACGUGGACAUGACCGGCACACAGCAGGCCAUAGUCCACGAUGCUACGAGCGCUACUAUCCUCGAGGGAAACCAGAAGGUCCGCUUCUUCGCCCAAGGCCGGACCUACAGCAGCGCCGGGGGCACCGCGGGCAGAUCUGUGCAGGCUUCCCAGCAAGCAGUGCAGAAGCCGGCUGCGCUCCUCGAUGCGAAUACGGGCAAGGUUUUCACGCGCAGCAAGCCGCAAUAUGAGAACGUGGCGGCCAGCAGCUUUGUCAGCGUCAAGUCGAACGGGGCCAAGGGCGACGGUGUGACCGACGACACGGCGGCGAUCCAGGCGAUAUUCGACAAGGCCACGGCCGACCAGGUUGUGUACUUCGACCACGGCGCCUACCUCAUCACCAACACGGUCAAGGUGCCCAAGAACAUCCGGAUCACGGGCGAGCUCUGGCCACUGAUCCUCGCGGGCGGCGACAGCACCUUCAAGGACCAGGCGAACCCGAAGCCCGUGUUCCAGGUCGGCCAGCCUGGCGACAAGGGCGCUGUUGAGAUCUCGGACCUGAUCUUUGGCACGGCCGGCCCACAGCCCGGCGCCGUGAUGCUGGAGUGGAACGUUGCGGGCACGACCGCUGGCGCGGCGGGUCUCUGGGACGUGCACGCCCGCGUUGGCGGGUUUGCCGGCUCGCAGCUUGAGCUCGAGCAGUGCGCCAAGAACCCCAGCGUCACGAACCCCAUCAACGCCCAGUGCUUCGGCUCCUUCCUGAUGCUGCACAUCGCCGCGGGCGGCAGCGCCUACCUCGAGAACACGUGGUUCUGGGUGGCCGACCACGCGCUCGAGCCGGCGGCCAACAACGGCCAGAUCGACGUCUUCAACGGCCGCGGCGUGCUCAUCGAAGGCGCCGGGCCGGUCUGGGGCUGGGGCACGGCCACGGAGCACUCGGUCCUCUACAACUACCAGCUCAACAACGCGUCGAACGUCUACCUGGCCCUGAUCCAGACCGAGACGCCCUACUUCCAGGGCAACCCGGACGCGACCAAGCCGUUCACGGUCAACGCGCAGUACGCCGACCCGGACUUCGCCAAGUCGUGCGCGACCGACCAGACGGGCCAGUGCAAGCGGGCGUGGGGCCUGCGCGCGGUCAACUCCAAGGACGUGUUCGUCUUCGGGGCGGGGCUGUACUCGUUCUUCGACAACUACGGCCAGGACUGCCUCGCGACGGAGUCGUGCCAGACCAACAUGGUGUCGCUCGAGCAGAGCCAGGUGCAGCUGUACGGCCUGAGCACCAAGGCCAGCGUCAACAUGCUGACGCUGAACGGGCAGAGCGUGGCGCUCGACCGCGACAACCGCAACAACUUUUGCGCGACGCUCGCGUUCUUCCAGUCGACGUAGGGCGUUGCUGGAGGGCGCGGCGGCGGCGCCGGCAGGGGCGGCGGUGCGGGAAGGGGCGGCGGAAACGGCGGAGCUGCGGAGUGUCCAGCGAGUUGGGAGAGGUAGAGAAGAGGAGGAGAGAGUAUCUGGAUACCCUGGGAGGAUACGCUGAGUUUUGUUUCUUGCUUGUUUUUAUUUUC